AUGGGAUACAGAAUGAGGGUCCAUGUCUUUGGAAAUUGUCCCUCUCCCGCAGUGGCCAUCUACUGUUUAAGACAGUCAGUGAAAAAUGCUGAGCCCGUUGUAAAGCAGUUUGUCAACCGUGACUUUUAUGUAGAUGACGGGCUAACAUCACUUCCCUCAGUCGAAGCUGCAGUGAAGCUGCUCAAGAGGACGCAAGAGGUUCUGUCAGACUCAAACUUGAGGCUUCAUAAAAUCGCCUCAAAUAAAGCAGAAGUUAUGAAUGCAUUCCCAUCUCAGGACCAUGCCAUCAACUUAAAGGACCUGGACUUCACUUUAGAUACCCUACCCAUGCAACGUAGUCUGGGACUUAACUGGGAACUAAUGUCAGACACAUUUACUUUUCAAGUAGCUGAUGAGCAAAAGCCUUUCACCCGCAGAGGCGUCUUGUCAACUGUCAACAGCAUCUAUGAUCCCCUGGGAUUUCUUGCCCCUGUCACCAUACAAGGCAAACUGAUCGUGCGUAAGCUCAUACAGAACAAUGGAGAUUGGGAUGCACCUCUUCCUCAAGAAAUGGAAGAGACCUGGUCAACGUGGCGACGCUCAUUGAAAGAUCUCAUCAAUCUCCAGAUCCCAAGAGUUUACACAAAGGCCUCUCCUACAGCAGUGUCAAAAAGAGAGAUAGUCAUGUUUUGUGACGCUUCUGCAAAGGCAAUUGCAGCAGUUGCAUACUUAAAACUGACAGAGAAAAAUGGAACCAACCACGUGGGCUUUCUCAUGGGGAAAGCCAAGCUUACAACCUUGUCAGAACAAACUGUCCCUAGACUUGAGCUUUGUUCUGCAGUAUUAGCGGUGGAGCUUGCCGAGCUCAUCACCUCAGAGAUGGACAUGGAAGUUGAUAUCACUUUCUACAGCGACAGCAAAAUCGUUCUUGGUUACAUCAAUAAUGACACUGGAUGUUUUUAUGUGUAUGUAAGCAACCGAGUUCAACGGAUAAGAAGCUUUUUUCACCCUGAGCAAUGGAGACAUGUCUCCACUGAAGCAAACCCUGCUGACAUAGCCACAAGGUCUGUGUCAGCGAAACACCUGUCUAGUACCACCUGGCUUUGUGGACCAGCAUUCUUGAAGAAUGCUCAGAAUGAACAGUUUGAAAAGGGCCCUUUUGAGUUGUCAGACCCCUCUUUGGAUACAGAGGUCCGCCCGCAUGUUUCAACAUUGAACACCACUGCAGUAAUCAAACACAUGGGUUCUCAACGCUUCUCCAAGUUCUCUAGUUGGACCUCAUUGAUCCAUGCUGUUGCUCGUCUCACUCACAUUGCUCGCCUCUUUCAAAAGAAUCUUGCAGUAAAGGCUAAUGGCUGCAAAGGCUGGCAUUAUUGCCACUCAGCAAAUGCUUUUGAAGAACUUGCGCACGCUAAGAAAAUCAUCAUUCGUGCAGUUCAAGAAGAUACAUAUGCUCAAGAGUAUGCUUCUAUCAAAAAUGGUAAAGGGCUUUCCAAACAAAAUAAUCUCAAAUCCUUAGAUCCUCUCAUUGAUGCUGAUGGUCUGCUAAGAAUCGGGGGAGGCAUCAAAGAAGCUGAACUCUCUUUGGAUGAGAAAUCGGCUCUCAUAAUCCUUGGCAAGCACCAUAUUUCCACGCUUCUGGUCAGGCACUACCAUCAGAAAAUACAACAUCAGGGCAGAUUAUUCACUGAAAGUACUCUAAGAGCUGCCGGAUUUUGGAUUGUUUGUGGUAAAAGACGAGUAAGCAGUGUGAUCUAUGGAUGUGUUCCAUGCCGGAAACUUCACGCUUUGCAUCAAACUCAAAAGAUGGCUGAUCUUCCAGCUGAUCUCCUGUCCACUGAACCUCCAUUUACCAACGUUGGGCUGGACGUCUUUGGACCUUGGACAGUGUCUGCACGUCGUACACGAGGUGGCCUUGCACAAGACAAACGGUGGGCCGUACUAUUCACCUGUAUGAGUGUCAGAGCCGUGCACACAGAGGUCAUUGAAUCAUUAGACACAUCAUGCUUCAUCAAUGCCUUAAGACAUUUCCUUGCUAUCAGGGGCCCAGUGAAAGUAAUUCGGUCUGAUAGAGGCACCAACUUCAUAAGUGCAUGCAAAGAGGUCAAGAUUCCAUCCAACAUUGAUAACACAUCUAUAGAAAAGUUUUUGUCCGAUCAAGAUUGCAGAUGGAUGUUCAACGUGCCUCACACAUCUCACAUGGGUGGGCCAUGGGAGAGGAUGAUCAGUGUGGCAAGAAGGAUCCUUGACGCCAUGUUCCUGCAGCUUGGGACGUCAAAGCUGACCCACGAGGGACUCUCCACACUUAUGGCAGAGGUGACUGCCAUCAUCAAUGCCAGACCUCUUGUACCAGAUGACCCCUAAAUACUCUCACCAGCCACACUCCUCACACAAAAGGUCAGUCCCUCAACUGCUCCUGUAGGCGACUGGGUAAAAGCAACAGUGGCGUCAAGUCCAGCAUUUGGCUCAAACCUUUUGGGUCAGAUGGAAGAAGCAAUACCUAUCUACACUUCAGCCACGAAGGAAGUGGCAUUCACCCCACCCUAACCUACUGCCUGGAAGCGUAGUGCUCCUCAAAGAUGACCAACUGAAGAGAAACCAUUGGCCUUUACGACUAAUUACACAAGUCUUCCCAAGCAAAGAUGGCAGAGUUUGCAAAGUGGAGAUAAAAGUCUCCAAAAAGGAUGGAAUCAAAGUGUUCCUGCGGCCAGUAACAGAGACAAUCUUGCUUAUGGCACCAGAGAAGCCAUAGAUUGUAUCCUUUUGGACAGUUUGGUAGUGGCGGCUUAAUCCGCCAGGCGGCGACUGUUCUGUCUUGUUUGUUGAAUUUAUUUAUGGUAUAUGUAAAACCAGUGUUUAAGUUCACCUGGGAAUUCAUUAGUGAGGUGCACUUCCUCCUUUAGACAGCAGGAGGCAGCAUUGCCUAGUUUACAGUAAUGUCCAAGUUAACAGGAGACAACAAGUAGUUCCUUUGAGGCUACUUUAAGCUAGUUCGGUGACGAUUGCAAACGUGUUCAUCUGCUCGAAUCUCAUGCCAAAGAAAGUAUCAUCGUUUUACCCUUUUUACGGUCAAUAAACCUGUGGACUAGAA